AUGGAUAAUACACGAAGCUUUUAUGGUGAUCUGGAUGAGGUGAAACAGAAAGAAAAUAUGGAUAUGCAUGUGUGCAUUGAGGAGAUAGGCGGAAAAUGGGUUUCGUUUUUUGUGGAAAGACGGGUCAAAUUCACAAGCAUAGACGAGCUUAUCACAUAUUACAAAACAAAUCCAAUAUGCUAUCAACAAAUUCGAGUUUUUCUGAAACGACCGAUUUUAUUGCAAGACUGGGAAUUGAGAAAAGAUGGACUCGAACUAAUAAAAUCGAAAAAGUUAGGAGAAGGAGCAUAUGGAGAAGUGUAUUUCGGAAAAUGGGCACAACCGUUUAGUGUCGACCAAAAAGAGUUUCAUAAAUGGUGUGACGUGGCAGUGAAAAUGUUGAAAAAAGAUGACUCGAGAGCUGCUCUGUUUGAGAUAAUGCACGAAGCGAGGCUGCAACUUCAGUUGAGGCAUAAGAAUGUCCUUGCGUUCCGUGGAGUGUUUCUUCUUAAAAAACCAAUAAUGCUGGUGUCUGAAUUCUGUGAAUAUGGCUCACUGAAAGAUUAUCUCCAGAAGAAUAAGGUAAAUGUUGAUGAAAAACUCAAAUUCUGUCUUGGAUCUUCGUGUGGACUGGAAUAUAUUCAUUUCAAAGGACUCAUUCAUCGAGAUUUGGCCACUCGGAAUAUUUUAGUCUCCCAAGAUAAAACACCAAAAAUAGCAGAUUUCGGGUUGGCAAAACACGCAAGUUCCUACAAAAUGAGAAGAAAUACAAAGAUUCCAGUGAGAUAUCUGGCGCCAGAGACAUUGACGUCUUUUAUAUAUUCUACAAAGACUGAUGUCUAUACAUUUGGACUCGUCAUAUGGGAGAUUUUUUCAAACGGACAAGAACCUUAUAUGAAAGCUCAACCUCAUCAAGAAUCUGUCGUUCCAAAGAAUACUGUAUUGAAAGCAAAAGAUAUACGAGAACUGAUAAAAAAAGAGCUAUUCGUAAAAUUCAACGCAGAAGCUCCAUUGGCUCUUCAACAGUUUGUAACGAAUAAACUUUUUGUGACAGACGAAAACAAACGGCCGAAUAUCUCAGAAGUCACUACAUUCUUGGCAAGUAUGCUGAAAGUGGAUUUGACAAAAAUGAGAUUCUCUUAUAAAAUCCAAUAG